AUGGCGCUGCCGGUCUCUGCAAUCGGAUUUGAAGGUUAUGAGAAAAGGCUCGAAAUAUCCUUUUCAGAGCCAGGCUUCUUUUCUGACCCUGAAGGAAAGGGCCUCAGGUCUUUGUCCAAAGCUCAAUUGGACGAGAUUCUCAAACCAGCUGAAUGCACUAUAGUAGAUUCGCUUUCAAACAACGAUGUCGAUUCUUAUGUCCUGUCGGAAUCCAGUCUCUUUGUAUACCCUUACAAAGUUAUCAUCAAAACUUGUGGGACUACCAAAUUGCUUCUUUCUAUCCCAGUGAUCCUUAAGCUCGCUGAUGCCCUUUCACUCACUGUAUGUUCUGUGAGGUACUCUCGUGGGAGCUUCAUAUGCCCCGGGGCUCAGCCAUUCCCACACCGUAGCUUCUCUGAGGAGGUAGCUGUCCUUGAUGGCCAUUUCAGUAAACUUGGUUUAAACAGUGUAGCAUAUGUGAUGGGUAGUUCGGACUCAACUCAGAAAUGGCAUGUUUACUCUGCUUCUGCUAAUAUGGAGACCCAUUCUCGCCCUGUUUACACUCUUGAAAUGUGCAUGACUGGUUUGGACAGGAAGAGAGCUUCUGUUUUCUACAAAACACAAUCUAGUUCAGCUGCUUUGAUGACUGAGAAUUCUGGUAUAAGGAAGAUCCUCCCACAAUCCGAGAUCUGUGAUUUUGAUUUUGACCCUUGUGGUUACUCUAUGAAUGCCAUUGAAGGGAGUGCAAUUUCUACGAUCCAUGUCACUCCAGAAGAUGGUUUCAGCUAUGCAAGUUUUGAGGCUGUUGGUUAUGAUUUUCAAGAUUUGAAUUUGAGUAAGCUGCUUGAAAGGGUGUUGGUUUCCUUUGAACCGACCGAGUUCUCCAUUGCAUUGCAUUCUAAUAUUGAGCGUGACGAACUUGGAGCGAAGUUUCCCGUGGAUUUGGAAGGUUACUCUUGUGGAGGAGGGAGCUAUGAAAUGCUUGGGAAGGGUGGAUCGAUCUUGUACCACAGCUUUGCAAGGACUGGAGGCUGCGCAUCUCCCAGGUCAAUCCUGAAAUAUUGUUGGAGUGAGGAUGAGAAGGACGAGGAAGUUGAGGAGAAAUAG